AUGGCAACAGGUGGUGGUUGGGUGGUACCGGGUAAGAGGGCGGCGGCGCCAGGUGGCUGGCCCGGGCAGCUGGAUGCCGCCAGCUUCAGACAAAAAUGGAAUCCGAGUAUGCCUUUGAGGUCCUUCCAGUCAGGUGGAACAAAAGGUGGUAAAUUGAGAUCUGCAAGUCUGAUCACCAUUGAGAGCUUACCAUGGGAAGUUCUACAGCAAAUCUUUUCCUACUUAGAUAUAUCAUCCUUGUUGUGUGCAGGCUGUGUCAGCAAGUCCUUCUACCUGGUGUCUAAUGACAAUUUAAUUUGGCACAGAAUCUAUUGCAAGUAUUUUGCAUGCAAAAGAAAGGCCUGGAAGCCCAAGGCUGUAGACAUAGCUACUGAGAAGCUGAGUAAAGUUUCAAUACAGGACAGUCCAGCAGGAUUUUGGAAAAGAGAGUACAUACGCAAAUGUGCAGGCUUGGGCACAAGAGGAGUGGGACAGUUGUUGAAACCCAUUAACCGUUACACAGGAUUGCCAUCAAAGUUCAAAGAAGCUGUGAAAGCUCUUGGGGUUACUUGGAUGGUUGUUCUUCAAGAAAGAAAUGGGAAAGAACAUGUCAAGGAGCAAAGUAAGGCUUACUUCAGUGACACAUCUGCAACUUUGUGUUGGAAUAGUGCAGUUUGGCCUCCUCUUUCUAGCCUGAAAGCACUCUGUGUGUAUGGAGUCACGCCAUUGUUCCGUCCAAGUAAAACUCCUGCAGCGAAUGGGCCUCGCUGGCGAUCUCUACUUGCAGAGUAUAAUCUAACAAAUUUGGAAGAAUCAAGUACGUAUAUUGGUGGUGAUAAGCUCGUCAGGCUACAGUGCUUAUACCCUGGCGUGUUGCUGGGCUGCUGGCAAGAAGAUGGAGAAUUGGCUGUUAUCAUUGCAAACCUUCAUUUCCAUCAGCUCAUUGAGAAGAGCACUUUAGGAUCAGUCACCUGUCAAUAUUCACCAGCGCCUCAUGAGCCAGUAUUGGAUGACAUUGACCCAGAAUAUGGGCUGCAUGGCUACCAUUGCCAUAUUACCUUACAUAAUGGAAAAAGCUCCUACAUGUCUGGUAGUUUUCAUAAUCUGUUCUGUAAAAAAGAAAACAUCCUGGAUGGCUUCUUGCAAAUAACGGUCAUAAGUUCAAAGAAAGAAUCACAACACAGCACCAUCAGUGGAAAUCUCUACUUCCCUUGGAAUACAGAAUUCCUUAAAGGAAAUAUUCAGCACUGUUGCUUAAUGGACGUGACUGUUCUGGAUGAAGCAGAAAAACCGUUUUGGUGUGUAAGUUCACCAGUAGCUAUGCAUUCAGUCUGUACACCUGACAUAAGAUAUAGCUACCUGGGCAAGAGGCAGGCAGUUGAUUAUAAGGAUCCUGAAGGAAAAGUUCAUAUGGAGCUAAUGUGGUUGGAAGAAGAAAAGCAAUAUUAUAUUGUCAACCUUGUCCUUUAUUUCAAUAUUAAAAAAAUAAAUGCCUGGUUUGCAACAAAUUACUAAUUGUUUAUAUUAACCCCUAUAUGGCUGACUUUAGCAAAUAGCUGUUCCAUUUACAUAAACUGAGGUAGCAACCUGAGUUGAGUCAUGAGGCUGGAUUCUCUGAGGACUUCCAAUAUUCAAAAUUGAUUGUUUCUUUUGAAAAAAAAAUCUGACCUGGUCAUGAUCCUAGAGAUUGGAUUACAGCCUCAAACACCUUCCUUUCUGAUAAUGGUUUCUUCCAUCUUAAAAUGUUUGUUUCGAGUUUGCUAAGGUUAUUUGCCUGCUUGCACUAGGCAACAAUCAUGUUUUCAAACAGUCUUAAGUGUCAGGGAUUGCU